AGGUUCACUGAAGCUAUAGGUGCUCUCGCACACAGCAGGUUACAUUCCCAUAAACCCUCUCUCUGCGAUUCUUCAUUUCUCGUUCUUUGCUCUCACAUCCAUUCUCCCAAUGUCAUCGUCGACUUCCGCCGCCAGAACCCUUGUGGAGCUCCGCCGUAUUGCCACCCUCACCCGCGGUGGCGAAAAUUCCAAUCACAUCUUCGCAGCCAGGCCGUUCAGCUCCGAUGUAGUCAUUUCACCCGUAACUGUUUCCGACCCAACACUUUCUUCUUCCUCUGAUUCAAAUGGAAAAGCUUCAAAGUGGUGGCUGUAUCUACCUGGAGCAAUCGCAUUUGGUCUUGGGAGUUGGCAAAUUGUUAGAAGAGAAGAAAAGAUUAAAAUGCUGGAGUAUCGAGGGAAGAGGUUGCAAAUGGAACCAUUGAAAUUCAGUGGUGCUUAUCCGUCGAGCGAGGAGUUAGAUUCUCUGGAAUUUAGGAAAGUGGUGUGCAAGGGAGUUUUUGAUGAUAAAAAAUCAAUCUAUGUGGGGCCACGUUCAAGAAGCAUUUCAGGAGUUACUGAAAAUGGUUACUUUGUUAUAACACCUCUUAUGCCAGUUCAUAAUUAUCCUGACAGUGUGAGCUCUCCAAUUCUUGUUAACCGAGGAUGGGUUCCCCGCAGUUGGAAAGAAAAGUUUUUAGAGGCUUCACACGAUGAACAGUUUGCAGAUCCACUUCCUUCCCCUUCACAAUCCGAUGGAACCAGAUCUUGGUGGAGAUUCUGGUCUAAAGAGCCUGUUAGCACCGAGGAUCAGGUCCCAUCUGUAACACCCAACGAAGUGAUUGGCGUAGUUCGCGGAAGUGAGAAACCAAGCAUAUUUGUUCCUGCAAACGAUCCCGAGUCUUCCCAGUGGUUCUAUAUUGAUGUUCCUAGCAUUGCCCGAGAGUGCGGCCUUCCAGAAAAUACCAUCUAUGUCGAAGAUGUUAAUGAGAAUGUCAAUCCAAGUAAUCCUUAUCCUCUUCCUAAGGAUGUCAAUACCUUGAUUCGAAGUUCGGUGAUGCCUCAGGACCACCUAAACUACAUAUUGACAUGGUACUCUCUUUCUGCCGCAGUUACAUUUAUGGCUUUCAAGAGAUUAAGACAGAAAAAUAAGAGGAGAUAGCAAAUUUGUUACAGUUGAAUUUUGCAGACUCAUAACACCUUAAUUUAGCAUAUGAUAUAAGUGAUAUAUAACUAUCUCUUUGGAGUAUUGUCUUCUCAAUCUUCCAGUCUCAAUUGCCAAGGAUCCUUUUCAAGCAACUUUUGAUUUUCAAGUGAAGUCUUCUCAGAAGGUUACUUCUCACCUCAAAAACACUUGUAGAAUGAAAAUGAGGUGAUAUUUAUUAACAAAAUAAUGUUUAAAAAUUCUGAGGCAAGAUAAUAAAUGUGUGGAUAUUUAUUAUCUUUUGAUCAAUUUUUUAUUUGAAAAAGUUAAUACUAUUUUGUAAAAUGGAUGUUGUAUUAGAGGUGGCAAUAAGUUUUUUUUUUCUGGUUUA